GGCUGGGGGGCGGCCGGGCCUGCGCUGGAGUCCCGCGGCUCCCCGGAAGGGAGAGAGGGAGGCCCUGGGCCUCGCCUGCUGCGCGGCCGGAGCUUCUCGUUACCGCAGCAGAACUGGGAGUUUUGGGUCUCUCUGUGUGCGCUCAGUGUACAGCGAGCUGUAGCGGCACCUUAAAGGGUUGGCGUGAGAAAGGAAGCGCUAAGGUUGGAGAAGACCUUUAAGAUCAUGAAGUCCAACCCCCAUCUGUUUCCAGCCUCUUGUCAGGAGUUGUAGAGAGCGAUGAGGACCCCCCGAACCAUCUUUUUUCCAACCUGAGCCCCCCCCCCAGCUCGCUGAGCUGCUCCUCAUCAGACCUGUGACGCUUCACCAGCUCCGCUGCCCUUCUCUGGCCCGCUCCACCUCAGUGUCGUGGAGAGAGAGGCCCUGAGCUGAACCCAGGAUUCGAGGUGUGGUCUCACCAGUGCUGGAAUAAUGGCUACUGCGUGCCCACACACAUAAGGGACAUCUCUUUCACUAUUGCCACCUUCUUGUAAAAUUUCAAACCCUCCAUAAUUCAUGAAGUCUCAAAGCUAUAAAACUAUUAAGUUCUUUUAUUCCAAGUGUACACAGUGGGGCAGAGGACAGAGAGCCUUGUGCAUCCACAGAGCUCUGGCCAGCACAGGCAUCCAGCAGAUGGAUGGGCACUGCAGGAGAAACAGUAUGGAUGUCCCAAGUGUGGAAAAAACCUUAUUGGAAUCUUUUAUUCCUGGACAAGAAAGAGGUAGAAGGAUGAACCUUCCCAAAAAAACCAGUCACAUAGUGAAAGCAUCAGGUUCCUUCAAUCCCUUGUUCCCAAAAUAAUGUAGGUGGGAGUGUGCUGCUGCUACAAGAAAACUUCUGUGACCUGCCUGCCGAGACUUUUAUAGCGGAAGUUUCAGAGUUGAUUUCCCAAGCAGUUCCCACUUUGUCCAGAAUAUGUUUUUUUUUUAAAGAAAUAUGUAUAACUUAUGCAGUCUAAACAUUUGUGGUUUGGAUUUUUGUUUUUUUUUUAACAAACCCAGAAUAAAUUUCCUUUGAUCUCAGGGAUGAGCUACCUAGCUGCUCUUGUACAUAGUGAGCCAUCAAAAAGCUUUGCUUAGAGUCUGUUAUGUGACAGUCACAAAGCAGAAGAGAAUGGUUGGUUUGGUUUUUAACCUGCUUGGAGAAGACCUUCUUUCUCUCAGCAUCCAGAUUUUAUCUGUGUGUCUUAAAAAUGUACGCCGUUGGAUCACCAUGGGAAGUAGACAGCUCUGCACACACAGGAUUUGCCCCAGGGAAUUGUGGUUUACACUAUCAACUUGGAAUCUCGCUAUUUACUUAUACAAGGAGUUCCUGCAUUAGGUGUUAUGAAGGAGUUAGUUGAACAAUUUGCAUUAUAUGGUGCCAUUGAGGAAUACCAUGCUCUAGAUGAAUAUCCAGCAGAGCAGUUUACUGAAGUGUACCUUGUAAAAUUCAAAAAACUGCAGUGUGCAAGGGUGGCAAAGAAAAAAAUGGAUGAACGAAGUUUCUUUGGUAGUUUGCUGCAUGUGUGCUAUGCUCCAGAAUUUGAAACAGUCCAAGAAACUAGAGAGAAGUUACAGGACAGAAGAAAGUAUAUAGCAAAAGCAACAAAUCAAAGAGAUUGCUUUGUGUUAAAGAAAGUAGAAGGCCCUAAGAAGACAGCCUCAAAGAACUCUGAGCAUGACUGUUCAUGGAGUACAUCGGGAUCAAGUAUAGCCAUGAACUGGGAUCCAUCCUGCUUUGCAAGUUCUCCUGGGGUAUCCCACAACACAGCAUAUCCAUCUGGGAAUCAGAAUCAGAGCCUGUUAACAUCUCCACACUAUGAUAACAAUUGUACUGAAAUUUCUGGGUACUUUGGUCAAAACACAUCUUUAACUCCAAGUGUACAUCCAGGAGUGUACACUCCACCAGCUUCCUUAAUGCAGCAAAGAAUGGUUCCAGCUUGCAAUGGAAUUGAUAGGUUUAUGCCACGUACAACUCACCUACAAGAACGUAAGAGGAAGAGAGAAGAAGGAAACAAGUUUUCCCUCAUUGGAACAAGUGAGGACAAUACUGAAGUUGUUAUUGGUCCACAACUACCAGAAAUACCUAAAGUGGAUAUGGAUGAUGAGUCUUUGAAUACUUCAGCUACAUUAAUUCGAAAUAAACUGAAAGAGGUAGCAGAUUCUGUUUCAACGUCUGUGGAAAAACCAGAGAGCAGCUCAGCCAAACCAGUUGUAAAGCAGAGAAGAAGAAUAUAGAUACUGCUGGCAGUAUCUUCCAACAGUCCUUUUGUAAAGAAUAUAGUUUAAAAUAUGUAUUUUUUAAUGUAAAAAAUAAAACUUUCUUUAUACUGUA